AAGAAAAGAUUAUUAGGGGAAUAAACAGCUCUAAAAAAAUUCAACUUUCAAACCUCUAAAUAAACCCUACAAAAUCAAGUUAUCUAUCCAUUCCUCUAGGGUUUUGUGAUUUUCAUAAACUUCAACUUCAGUUUGAUUAGAGAUGCAAUUGACACUUGAAUUCGGGGGAGGACUGGAGCUUCUUUGUGAUUCUGUGAAGAUCCAUAACAUUAAUGUUGACCCUCAAGAUGGAGAGAAGCAGUUAACGAUGAAAAACUUGCUCUCUUGGGUACGCACCAAUGUGAUCAAGGAGAGGCCUGAAAUGUUUAUGAAAGGAGACUCAGUGAGGCCUGGAGUUCUAGUCCUUGUAAACGACACUGAUUGGGAACUAAGUGGCCAGCUCGAAACAGUGCUGGAAGAGAAGGAUAACGUAGUUUUCAUCUCAACAUUGCAUGGCGGUUGACGUUGAUAUUAUACUUCGCGAGCUUCUGAAAACUCGAGACUAUAAUAGAACUUUGGUCAUUAAUUAUGUAAUGUAAUAAUCAAGAAUGAAGUGUAUUGAAUGUAUGAUGCUAACAUAAGUGCAUUUUGAUUACUGAUUC